GGUUAUUCGAACGGAAGGUGCGUCACGGAUUAAUUCAAUUUUCGAGCUGCUAAUAUCCCGAGAUGGCGGCGAAGCAAGACUACGCGAUCGGCAUCGACUUGGGCACGAGCAACUCGUGCGUGGGUGUCGUCAAGUACGGACAAGUGGUCAUCAUCGCAAACGAAAAGGGCGACCGCCUCACGCCGUCGUUUGUGGCUUUCACGGACGAGGAACGACUUAUUGGUGAGUCGGCCAAGGACGAACGCUCCAUGAAUCCUGUCAACACAGUAUACGAAAUGAAGCGACUAAUUGGACGCAAGUUCAGCGAUGAAGCAGUGCAGAAUAAAGUUCCCCACUGGCCGUACCGCGUCGUCAACGACAACGACAACCCCAAAAUCUGCGUCCAGUACCAAAGGACGGAAAAGAUUUUCACUCCCGAAGAGAUUUCUGCUAUGGUGCUGGCCAAAAUGAAGAAGAUUGCGGAGACUUAUUUGGGAUGUGAAGUGAGGAAAGCUGUUAUUACGGUGCCUGCGUACUUCAGUGACUCACAACGGCAAGCUACAAUCGAUGCCGGUACCAUCGCUGGUCUCCAGGUACUGAAAAUCAUCAACGAACCAACGGCUGCCGCCAUUGCGUACGGUGAAGACAACAAGGUCUCCAAGGAGAUCAACAUUCUGAUCUUCGACUUCGGCGGCGGGACUUUCGAUGUGUCAAUCCUGAUAAUGAAGAAAGGCAAUUACGAAGUAAAAUCUGUUGAAGGAAACAGCCAGCUUGGAGGAGGGGACUUGGAUUCUCGUGUUGCUCGAUUUAUAAUCGAGGAAUUCAAGAAAAUAACUGGCCUGGAUGUAUCUAAGGACCCGAAAACUCUAGCAAAGAUCACAAAAGCUGCCGAAAAAGUCAAGAUCAAGUUGUCUUCUCAAGUGAGGGGUCGAAUUCAAAUCGAGUGCUUGAGUCAAGGUCAAGAUUUGGAACUGCGUUUGACCCGUGACUGGUUCGAGUGGCUCUGCGCCGACAUUUUCGACCAAACCUUGCAGUGCGUCGACACUGCGAUUGCCAACGCCGGGAUGACAACCGAUGAAAUUCAUGAAGUGGUCUUGGUCGGCGGCUCGGCCAGGAUCCCCAAACUCCAAAAGAUGCUCAAAGAUAAAUUCCCAACGAAAGCAAUUAAAAUGACCAUCAAUCCGGAUAAAGCUGUCGCGUACGGCGCUGCUGUUCAGGCAGCCAUGCUCAACAACGACCGGAGUGUUGAAGACAUUCAGCUGUCUGACGUAACUCCUCUGUCCUUGGGAGUGGGCCUUAUUUAUGACAGAAUGGACAUCAUCAUGAAACGAAAUACCAAAAUACCUGCUACGAUAACGAGAAAGAAUUACACGACUGCCGACUUUGAUUAUCAAGAAAUCAUAGAUUUCCCUGUUUAUGAGGGUGAGAACUCCAUUGCAUCAAAGAACAAUUUGUUGGGAGAGUUUACGGUUAAAGGAAUCGAAUUAGCACCCGUUGGUGUCCCUAAUGUUGAGAUAACGUUUUCCUUGGACAAAAACGGAAUUUUGAACGCGACCGCCGUGGACACGAAGACAGGAGGGGAAGGCCACGUGACCAUCUUCCUCAAUAAAGGCCGUCUUAAGAAGGAGGAGAUCGAGAGGAUGAUGGUCGAGAUGAAGGAUAUCGAAGAAAAGGAGGAUAAACACCGUGCAUUAAUGGACGCUUCUGCCUCUUUGGAGGAAACGAUCGUGAAGAAGAAGGAUCUUCUUUAACGUAAAAAGAGCCACAAGAAAAUAUCUCAAAAAGGCUACGAGAAAAUCAAGAAGGUGUGAGAAGAAGCCGCGGUUUGGUUGGAGGCUCACGGCGACGCAAGCAAGGAUGAGUUUGAUGAUAAGGAGCAGCAGUUCAACGAGUCUUUCUCUGAACUCUUGGCCGACCUCAGCUUCUGAACUGCUGCUUGUUACGUGGCAGCAGCAGUCCAAUUGCCGCUUGUUACGUGGCAGCAGCAGUCCAAUUGCUGCUUGUUACGUGGCAGCGGCAGCUCAAGACUCCAUCACGCGUUAGACAAUUUUGAAUAUUUUACUGCGCAUUUAAUUAGUGCACCGCAAUAAACUGAAAUAAUCAUGAAUAUAUCGACGCGUCCGUAGGCAAGGAGGGCGAAGUGUGGGAUCAGGGCGCAGCCGUGAGCAUUUCAUGCUGUUUAUUUUUAAGGUCUGCAUUAUUUUAAGAGGCUUUAUUCCGUAAGCUUGAUGAGUUUUUUGCUUGGGGCAUUGGUUUGUUCCAAUUUACUCCAUUAUUAUAUAUUGAUGAAACUUCUUGUAUGCUUUCAUCAGAAUUUUUUUAAAUACCGGAAGUAAACUUUCAGCGGAGUUCUAUGAUUCGUGUUCUACAGGAGCCUCCCUUUAAACGUUAAGAAUGCUCGUCUAAUUUACAUUUUACUGAUAAAACUUAUUCGUUAAAGGUACGCUCACAUGUUACUAAAUAUAGCUUGCUUUUCA